CCUGAGCAAAUUCUGGGUUUAUGAGCUGGACACAAUAGUUAUACAGUGGUCUUCAGACAGCAGCCUUGCAUCAAAUGCUUGGCUUGAGUGACAGUUGAUAAGCAGCACAUGUUCAGGCCUAUAAAUUCACAGGCUGAGGAUAUCUGCAGGCUACAGAGGUUUAGUUAGCUGUAAACAUGGUGUUGGGACAGUGCUAGCUGCCCCCUGUUUUUAUUUGACAACAAUGCAGGGCUGACCUUAUUGUGUGUUUAACUGGACAUUCUUUUGAAUGGGUCAAUAAUAAGAGGACAAAAGCAAGAUAAAGGAGCAGUCAGUGUUUGGCAGUUUGUGCACUGGGACAAGUUUGAAUAGAGGAGCUUUCUACAAUACUGACUUCUCAUUGGCUGAUCUGGAACCCCAUGCUUUCCUUAUCUUUAGACACUGGUUUAGUGAGAGGUAGUCUUCGCAGAAUGAAUGGAAAACAAUCAGAUUAGUGAAGGAUAGAAUGGAGUAAUAACUGUACAUACAGCACUGAGGAUUUGUGUUUUAAUAUCACUUUCAGUUUGUUAAAGAAGUGAUUAAUUCUGUAAGUGGCUAGCCAGUUGUAAUCUAUAGAGGAUUUGUUUACAGUUAUAGAAGGACAUUUCAGGGCACUGAUGUAUUAUAGUGCAUUGGGCAUUCUCUUAUCUGACUCAUCCAUAGUCACACCUAUAUAAAGUUUGUAUGUACCGGUACAAUCAUUGAUAUACUAUUUAAAUCACAUGCGGAUUUGCCCAGAGUUUCGUUUUAUGAGCUAAGUGCAAGACGGAAACAAACACUCAUGUCUGUGUUUCAUUUCACACAAGGAACUACAACACAUGGAAAGAAAGUUUUUAUUUGUGCUGAACUUUGUAAAUUCAUUGACCGUCUGUUAAUUAAUUGAUAUUUGUACUUAUUCAGCAGAGGAAUUUCAGUAUUAUCUUUCAUUGACUUAGAUAGUUUUACACAGCUUGAAUCGCCUUUGAAGGUCUGUCGAGAACUUUAAAAUUCCUGUGUGGACCGAGUUAAAGAGGUAGUACAGCGUCAAUCAAACAUUGAGCGCGGAGUCGUAAGGUGGUUACAGCUGAAAGGAAAAGAGAGAGAGAGUCCUACACGUGUCUCCAGCUACUGUCAAGACAGAGGAUCACUGACGCGCGUCCGUUACUUCACAGGAAGGAAAUCUUAAAACACGCAGCAUUCUACUCUAAAACAUGGAUUAGGAAACUCGUGGGAUGAAGAAAAAUUUUCAAUAUCGUUUUGAAUGCUAUCAAGAAAACUUGAAAUUUUCCAGGAAAAAUAUACAUAUAAAGGAAUUAUAUAAUAUUGUGAAAGUUUGAACAGAUUGACAGAUAGCAUGGGUGCUAAUAAUUCGCAGUUGGAGUCUGAUUUGGAUCCCCGCUAUAAUAUUGAGAGGAACUCGAAGAACUGUGAUACAAACUUUCAGAGGCUACAGUACCACGGUGUUAGAUACCCUAAAGGCAAGCCAGACCCUCCAGAAGGUUAUCCAACAGCAACUAACAUCACACAGAACUCUGUAACUCUGAAGUGGACCCCUCCCUAUGGCUGUCCCUCCAGUACCAUACUGGCCUACCAGGUGGAGGUGUGCCGAUUACAGGACAAACGCUGGAAAGUCGUCACCAGCUCUUGUCAGGGAAACACGUAUGACGUGAAAAACCUUGCACCUGGUGUGGACUACAUGUUCCGUGUCCGAACUGAAAAUGUGUAUGGAAAAAGUAAACCUAGUGCUUCCUCGCAAGUGAUCCGGACUUUAUCGGAAAAUCCCUGGAUUAAGCCUAGUCAGGAAAAGGCAGAAGAGGAGAGGAGAUCGACUCUAACCCGGAGACAUAGUCAUUAUAUUAAAGUAGAAAACAGUGUAUCUAAUCUUCUGCAGAAGGCAGAACGAGAGGAAAUGAGUGAUGUGGGAACUAUUCCAUUCAAAAGGAACAGCAGUAUCCGGCAUUCCUUACCUGUCCAAUGUGUAAGACGCUCCACAACGUUACCCCCCAGUAUACUGCCAGGAUCCAGGCGGGAAAGCAUCUGUAGUCUAAAGGACAAGGAGUCGAGGAAAUCCAUUGAAGAAUCUUCUGUGUUCACCGAUGAUACUGAUGAACUAUCAUCGUUAAAACUUCAUCGCAUGUCUAUGACUUCUACCGAGGACGAUUCCUGUAAAUGCUCAUCAUCGGCAGCUUCUAUGACCUCUAUACCAGAGGAAGUGAACGAUAGUAAAGGAGAAAAAGACUCAGAUCUCAUCAUUGUUAAAACCCCUCCCUCUACCUGGAGAUAUAAUCCCCAGUCCCAUCACAUUCUCUCUGCCCCGUACUCAGAUGAUACCAAGAUAGCGUGGGUGACGGAUCAGAAAUCCCCACUCCCCGACUAUCAGAACUCGGACGAUUCGUCACCUGUCUGGCGCGACAGACAGGAGAACAAUAAAAACAUGCCAGAUUUCCGAUCACUUAGAAAUGCCCUCCAUUCAGAUGACCUACUGGUCAAAACUCUUGAUGCAGAUAAUAAUGGAAAUUACUCAACUCUCAGUUCUAAAGGAAAGCUUUAUGAUAAAGUUAUAGAGGAAGAAGAUGAACACAAUCUUGCUCUAGAUAUUGUUUCAGCUGUGUAGGCUAUCAGGACUAUUUAUUAUUAACCCCCUAUUUUACGGGUAGAUUCAGCAUAAUUUGGGGUUACUGUGUCAGAUGAGAUAGAUUUCUUGAUGGCAAUGUUCUGUAAAGGAUGAAAUUUGUUGGAGAGGUAUUUCAUCUGUCUAUUUGUUCUGCUGGUGCUCUAUACAAUAACUAGCCAUCGAAGCUUAAAAUCCAAGGUUUGAUCACAUCAGAACUUCUUUGUUAUUUAUAAAUUUAUCUUGUACUUUAAUUCUCAAAAAUGUUAUUGAAGACAAUAGCCAGUAUAUUUAGUGCAUAAAUAUGUGUCAUGUUUAAUUAUUCAUAUUUGUACAACUGCCCAAAGUUUCACAAUAACCAGAAAUCUUUUGUUUUUCCUUGAAACAGAAAGGAAUUUUGUACAUUUCUUGAGAGCUUUGAUGUGAACCAAAGUCAUGUUGAAUGUAUUUAUUCUUAUAAAAUUGAUAAAAACCACUGAAAACAA